AUGCGGUCGGCGUUGGAAAAUGGAGUCUGGCUAACCCUUUCCCUUAGACGCAUAUAUAUCCUAGUCACGAUUAAAAAGACCAUUGACGCGCAAAUGUAUUGGUCUGAUGAUGAUGAUGAUGAUGAUGAUGAUGAUGAUGAUGAUGAUGAUGAUGAUGAUGAUGAUGAUGAUGAUGAUGAUGAUGAUGAUGAUGAUGAUGAUGAUGAUGAUGAUGAUGAUGAUGAUGAUGAUGAUGAUGAUGAUGAUGAUGAUGAUGAUGCCGACUGA